AGUGGCCAGCGGCUGCGGGCCCAGCUGGCCACCGCGCGGGACCUGCUGGGCCAGCUCUGCUCCCCCAGCGUGCAGCACCUCUGCAUGAUCCUCGCCUCGCCCAGGUACGUGGAGCGGGUGACGGCGCUGCUGCGGCAGAAGCUGCUGCAGUCCGAGCUGCUGCUGGCCAAACGCGACGCGCUGGCCCAGCGGCGCCAGCAGGCCCUGGCCGAGCAGGCGGCCCUGGAGCCCAAACUGCAGCAGCUGCAGGAGACCACCAAGGAGCUGCGGGGGCUGAUCGAGGCCGACAUCUCCAAGCGCUACGGGGGGCGCCCGGUGAACCUGAUGGGGAUCAACCUGUGACCCCCCGAGGGUCCCCGAGGGUCCCCAGGGGGUCCCCAGGG